UCAAUUGGGUGGGAAAGCAAGAUCGGGCGCUAAACAGGCUUGCGCGUGUCGCUCAACUUCAAUCGCAGCUUGAUCACAGCUCACUCUGCUGUCCAAAGUCAUCACUACAAUGCCCCGGGCUAAGAACAAUGCUGAUUCAAGGAAUAACAACAUGAUGGUACUGCAGUAUCUCACCUCUGAAGAGGUUCUGCAGCAGCUCAGCAACUUAGAGCCUCACAAUACGGAUGACGAGUCGCCUGUCCUACAGAACCUUGUGGACAAGGUCAUAGGGUAUCGUCCGUCCCUGGAACAGAAGUCUAGUAACCGGACUGAAAUCAUAGAUCAUGUCAUCAACCAUGCAAUUCAAUUGCUGUCCAAAGAGCAAGAGCAAGGACAUGACAGCUACCUGGCUCUGUUUAGAGAGCUACAGAGCAAGCGCCAGGUAUAUAUGUCCCAAGGGACCGCAUCUCACUGGCAGAAACAGACUCUGAUCACCAUGCUUGGGCUUAACAGUAAUGGGCCCUCAAUCUCUGACUUGAUGGCUGGUCAUGCCCUCCCUAUGGUCAUCCACAGCCGUGGGCCUACACAGAUGACCCGCUAUCAAUGGAUGUCAGAACACAAGCACAAAGAACAUGUGCUUGUCAAGGAGUCUACAGGCUAUUAUGUUGUACCGCCUGAUAAAUCUGUUUUUUUCUUGUCACCAGCCUCAGGUGAAGGUCUGCCUGAAAUUGAGUUGGUAGUCAUCUGCAAUAUAGCCAUGGAUGCCCCCAUCUCUGGGGCCUUAUACCAGUGGCUGUUUGACAUUGCAGAGACUGCCUGUAGUGAGAGGCGUGAUACCCGUCCAAAGCACCCUGGGAAGAUGGUCCAGGUGGGCUUGAACGGGGGCCCCCGUCACGCCCGUGUGCUAGGAUGGGCCAAAAGCUACACCAAGGUGCUCAGCCAGGACAACCGGCAGCAGCAUGAUACCGACAUCGUCGGAGCCACGGGCAUCGUAUGGAGCCUCAUCAAGUCGGCUGCACCACGCGAGAUCAUGGAACAUGUUGAACAAUGUCUCCAGAAUGAAGGGAUGCCAGACAUGGCAACACGUGAUGUUGCAGAGGGUAUAUUUCAAGCCAAGGCUUUACAAUCAAAGGCUGACGGUAAUGAUUACAAGCUGUCAACUGCUAGAAGGUCUCCCCCUGAAGCCUAA